AUGAUAGUCAUUGUGGAGCACCUUGGAUCACGUGCUGAAAGGAUGAGUGGGGAUACACAGCUGAGGAAUCUGCACACACCUGAGGGCUCUUCACCUCCUGUGAAUUCGACCUCACGGAACUCAGUUGAUUCGUCUGGUAAAGGACAUCUCAACCUGGGCUUUGAGCACGAUGAGAAGACAGCUGAUUUAGAGAAGCCACCUGAAGUUGACAUCACGCCAAAACCAAAAAGUGCCAGAGGAUUCCUUGGUCAGAAGAAAAAGUCAGACAAGUCAAAGGAACCUGCAAAAGCUGUGGGAUUCUUCCAACUGUUCCGUUACGCUACGUGUCUGGAGCGUGUGCUGAUGCUCAUCGGUCUGCUGUGUGCUGCCCUGCAUGGGAUAGCUCUGCCUCUCAUGUGUGUGGUGUUUGGACAAAUGACUGAUAGUUUUGUGCUCAGUGGACAGCAGCUCCUCAAUGCAACUUAUAACUUUACUCUUGAUGCAGUGAAUUCAUCAGUGAACUCAUCAGAGUGCGCUGUCAUAUCUGGAAUAGAGGACGCAAUGACAACACCAGAGGAAGCCACUGUUCCAUUCAUGUCUAGGGAAAUAUCUCAAGAUUUCAUCAAAUAUGAUAACGUCCUGUCCCUCUGUGUUGAUUCGUCUUUUUGCUUUCCCUUCUCUUCUGUUGUGAACAGUGACAUUAACACCAUCAAUGACGGACUGGGAGACAAGAUUUGUGUGUUUGUUCAGUUUUUCUGCACGUUUUUGUCUGGCUUCAUUGUUGGAUUGGUAUUUGGUUGGAAGCUGACUUUAGUCAUCUUGGCAGUUAGUCCUCUACUGGCGGGGUCUGCUGCGGUGUGGUCCAAAAUUCUUGCAAGUCUGACAAGUAAGGAACUGUCAGCUUAUGCCAAGGCUGGAGCUGUGGCUGAGGAGAUCCUGGUGGCCAUCAGGACUGUUGUAGCAUUCAAUGGACAACAGAAAGCUGUAGAAAAAUAUGAGAGGAACUUAGAGGAUGCCAAAAACUUUGGGGUGAAGAAGGCCAUCAGCACCAAUGUGUCCAUGGGUCUGACACAGUUCGUCAUAUUUGCGACCUACGCCUUGGCCUUCUGGUAUGGGACAAAGCUCUCCAUCGACGAGCCAGAGAACUACUCCAUUGGACGAGUCAUCACAGUUUUCUUUUCUGUGCUGAUUGGAGCCUUCGCUCUGGGCCAAGGAGUUCCUAACCUUGAGAGUAUUGCUAAGGCCCGUGGUGCAGCCUAUGAGGUCUACAAGACUAUUGAUAUGCCUCAUCCCAUAGAUAGUAGUUCUAUGGAAGGACACAAGCCAGAAGCUGUGAGAGGAGACAUUGAGUUUAAGGACAUCCAUUUCAGCUACCCAUCCAGAAAGGACAUCAAAAUUCUACAGGGCCUGAGUCUGAAGAUUCCUCAUGGAAAGACCAUCGCCCUGGUUGGAGCCAGUGGCUGUGGGAAAAGCACCACCAUUCAGCUCCUGCAACGCUUCUACGACCCAGAAGCUGGACUGGUGACACUCGACGGACAUGACGUCCGCUCACUCAACGUGAAGUGGCUGCGGGAGAACAUGGGCAUCGUCAGUCAGGAGCCGGUGCUGUUUGCCACGACUAUUGCUGAAAACAUCCGUUAUGGCCGAGAGGAGGCUACUGAUGAGGACAUCGAGCGAGCUGCGAGGGAGGCCAACGCCUAUGACUUCAUCUCCAAGCUGCCAGAUAAACUGAAUACCUUGGUUGGGGAAAGGGGAGCACAGCUUAGUGGUGGCCAAAAACAGAGAGUUGCCAUUGCCCGUGCACUGGUGAAGAACCCCAAGAUUCUGCUGCUGGAUGAGGCUACGUCAGCACUCGACACUCAGAGUGAGUCCAUCGUGCAGGCAGCGCUGGACAGGGCAAGAGCUGGCCGCACUACCAUAAUAAUUGCUCACCGCCUGUCCACCAUCCGCACAGCCGACAUGAUUGCUGGCUUCAGCAAUGGAGCAAUAGUGGAGCUCGGGGACCACAAGGAGCUGAUGGCCAAGAAAGGAGUCUACUACUCCCUUGUUACGCAACAGUCUUCUGGGAGGCCAGAGGAGGAUCAUGAUGAAGAUGAAGAUGGAAAUGGGGAUUCAUCUGAUGCAGAAACUCUGGAGUACUCCUCAGACACGGAGAAGAAGAAUGACCCAGAUAUUCUGGAUCAGGUAACCAUUGACAACAGUGGACAACUCCCUGACAACUCCCUUAAGAGCCCCACUGGAUUGCCAAUGGAACAGACGGAAAUCAAAUCACAGAAGAGGAAGGCAAAGAAAACGGGGAAAAAGGAGAAAGAGAAAGUGGCAGAUAUCCCGUUCAAAAGAAUUCUGGCCCUAAACAAGCCUGAGUGGCCUUACCUUGUGGUCGGGCUUCUGGCCAGCUUUGUGGGGGGAGCGGUCUAUCCCUGUGUAGCCAUCCUCUUUGCCAAGAUCAUUGGUGUUUUUGCUGAAAUUGAUCCUGAGGUGAAACGAGAGAAAACUGUAAUGUUCUCUCUUCUCUUCCUUCUGGUUGGUGGGGUUGCAUUCGUCACUUAUUUUUUUCAGGGUUUCAUGUUUGGUAAAUCUGGUGAGCUUCUCACCAUGAGGCUUCGGAGUCAAACCUUCAGUGCGAUGAUGAGACAGGAAAUGGCUUGGUUUGAUGACACAAACAAUGCAGUGGGGGUUUUGACCACCAAGCUGGCUACUGAUGCCUCUCUGGUGAAAGGGGCUGCAGGUUCUAGAUUAGGUUUGGCCACCAACACUGUGUGUUCUCUCGGUAUCGAUAUCAUCGUGGCCUUCAUCCACAGUUGGCAGCUGACUCUCCUCAUUCUCGCCUGUGUGCCCUUCCUGACGGGGGCCAAUUUCAUCCAGAUGAGAGCCAUGGCAGGCCAUACCUCCAAAGAUCAGAAAUCCCUAGAGAUGGCAGGGAAGAUCUCCACGGAGACGGUUGAAAACUUCAGGACUGUCGUUACACUAACGAGAGAGGACAUGUUCUUCUCCAAAUUCGCUAACAGCUUGAUUGAACCUUAUCGCUCCAGCUUGGUAAAAGCUCCCAUUUAUGGGAUCACAUUUGCCAUUGCUCAGGCAAUACCCUUCAUGGUCAAUGCUGCAAUCUUCCGUUUUGGAGCUUGGCUCAUUUCUAACUGUUACACAGAAUAUGAAAAUGUUUUUCUGGUUUUUUCUGUGAUUGUAUUUGCUGCGAUGAACAUUGGGCAGUCGUCCUCCUUAGCCCCAGAUUUUGCUAAAGCCAAAGCGGCUGCUCACCGAAUCCUCAGUCUCCUGGAGAAGAAGCCAGAGAUUGACAUUUACUCUCAGGAGGGAGAGAAACCAACAGACCUUUGUGGAGAGAUUAUGUUCCAAGGGGUUGGGUUUUGUUACCCAACACGGAAGAAUGUGCAGGUCCUGCAGGGUCUGGAUGUGAGUGUGAAGCCUGGUCAGACUCUGGCGUUGGUGGGGGGCAGCGGCUGUGGAAAGAGCACCACGGUGCAGCUGCUUGAACGCUUCUACGAUCCGGCGGCGGGACAAGUGUUUUUAGAUGGGGCUGACACCAAGAGCCUGAAUCUGGCCUGGCUGCGCUCUCAGCUGGGCCUGGUGUCCCAGGAGCCCAUCCUGUUUGACUGCAGCAUCGCUGAGAACAUCCAGUAUGGAGACAACAGCCGCACCGUCUCCCAGCAGGAGAUCCAGGAGGCAGCCAAAAGUGCCAAUAUCCAUGAUUUCAUCCUCGGUUUACCUGAGAAAUACAACACACGUGUGGGAGACAAAGGCACGCAGCUGUCUGGAGGUCAGAAGCAGAGGAUUGCCAUUGCUCGGGCCCUCGUCCGACAACCCAAAGUGUUGCUACUGGAUGAGGCCACAUCUGCCCUGGACACAGAGAGUGAGAGGAUCGUUCAACAAGCACUUGAUGACGCCCGACAGGGCCGCACCUGUAUCGUCAUCGCCCACCGCCUGUCCACCAUCCAGAAUGCAGACCUUAUUGCUGUCAUUCAGAACGGAAGAGUGUCUGAGAAAGGCACACAUAGUGAGCUCAUGGCCAAACAGGGGGCCUACUUUGCCCUGGUCAAUGCACAGGUCUCAGUAUGAACAGUGUGUGGAGAAGUAUUUGAGGUUAUAUCUUCUAAUGUUUUUUUAUUUUAUAUGAUUUGUUAUAAUGUGAGGGCAAAUGUUAGAUGACACGUAUAACAGCAGUUACAUAAAGGUGAGGGCUGUAUCCUGAUACAGGCACAGAAAACGGUUCACUAAAGUACUCAGUUCAGACUUACAGGCAAGACUAUAGAAACUUGCUACUGAUUACUGGUUCAAUGGUUUCAUCUUAGGGGUUUUUCUUUGUUUUGAAAAUGUACAGCCAAUAUCUAGAUUGAUUUUGUAACAGCCUUUCUAAAUGUAUAAGUGAAUUUGAAUGCCAAAUAUUAAAAUGUAAUAUAAUUAAAAUGUAUAGAAAAAUUGAGAUUAAUUCUGAAUUUGUAUUCUGACGGAUGAUUAAACACAUCACAUCACUAAGCCUGGAGAGGAAGCAUGCAGCCCUCACACGCUACCUACCGAUUAAAGGACCAUUCAAACACUACCGAAGAGUCACAUAAACACUACCGAAGAGUCACAUAAACACUACCGAAGAGUCACAUAAACACUACCGAAGAGUCACAUAAACACUACCGUAGAGUCACAUAAAGACUACCGAAGAGUCACAUAAAGACUACAGAAGAGUCACAUAAACACUACCGAAGAGUCCCAUAAACACUACCGAAGAGUCCCAUAAAGACUACAGAAGAGUCACAUAAACACUACCGAAGAGUCACAUAAAGACUACCGAAGAGUCCCAUAAACACUACCGAAGAGUCCCAUAAACACUACCGAAGAGUCACAUAAAGACUACCGAAGAGUCACAUAAACACUACCGAAGAGUCACAUAAACACUACCGAAGAGUCCCAUAAAGACUACAGAAGAGUCCCAUAAACACUACCGAAGAGUCCCAUAAAGAUAAGCAUAGUAUAGUAAUAGUAGUGGAGGAAUAGAAGUACGAAGGGCUGCUAUACUUUACUCAAGGCAGAGUCAAUUCUGUCUGAGUUUAGCGGAAAUCUAGAGGAAGGCUCCCAGAGCUAAAAAGUGGUAA